AUGGUCAAACUCGGGGCACUCUCUGCCCUCGCGCUCGGCCUCGGCGCCGUCGGGGCAGCCUCUUCAUCUGCCGAGGAUGGUGGCUGCGUUGGCGUAAACGCUGUGAGCGCGAGGUGCAGCCCUCAGGAAACUCUGCACAGCCGAGAGUUCUUCUACGUCGGAGGCCAGACCGCCUCCGACCCGACGGGCAACAUCACCGUCGGCCAGCUGUACGUCGAGAAGCUGACGCCCCUCAUCAAGCUCCGGCCGACCCCCUUGGUCUUCAUCCACGGCGGCGGCGUCUCGGGCACCACGUGGCUCAACACCCCGGACAACCGCCCCGGCUGGGCGACCUACUUCCUCAAGCAGGGCUACCAGGUCUACCUCAUCGACGCCAACAGCAUCGGCCGGUCGACCGUCAACAACCCGGCCGCCUUCAGCAUGGCCGUCGGCAUGUCUGACGAGUUCGUCGAGAUGGGCUUCACCGCCGUCAAGGCCUACAACACCUACCCUCAGUCCCAGCUGCACACCCAGUGGCCCGGCACGGGAAUGCGGGGGGAUCCCUUCUUCGAGCAGUUCCAGCAAAGCUUCAUCCCAUACACCAGCAGCUACGUCCCGCAGGAGCUGGCCGUGCGUGCCGCCGCCUGCGAGCUGCUCUCCCUCAUCGACGCACAGUCCUACCUCGUCUCCCACUCGCUGGGGUCCAAGUUCGCCAUCGGCAUCUCCAACGACUGCCCCGAGCACCUGGCCGGCAGCAUCAACAUCGAGCCCUCCACCAUCCCCUUCCGCGCCUACGGCUACGCCCUCGGCAGCACCGCCGCCAACCCCUGGGGCCUGACCAACACGCCCGUCGACUACGAGCCCGCCGUCUCGAGCGCCGCCGAGCUCAACGCCUCGGUCGAGUCCGUGGGCCAGGAGUCGCUGGCUCGCCGCAACUGCUACCGCCAGAAGGAGCCCGUCCGACGCCUCCCAAAGAUCGCCAGCGUCCCCUACGUCGCCCUGACCGGCGAGGCCAGCGUGCACGUCACCUACGACCACUGCAUCAUCGACUACCUGAAGCAGGUGGGCGGCCGGCCGGAGUGGAUCAAGCUGGGCGACAUCGGCAUCAGGGGCAACGGCCACUUCAUGCACCUGGAGAAGAACAGCCUCGACAUCGCCGCCGUCGUCCACUCUUGGAUCAAGAAGCAGCAAAACUGGUGGUGGUAG